CAUGCGGAAGCAGCGUCGUGUUUACCCGCUUCAGCCGCUGUGCUAAUCGGCGCCUCCUCCUCGAUGAUGGGGGUCUUUUAACCGAGUUCGCGUCACCUUUUGUUGGGCAUUGAGUUCACCAUGUUCAUUGUUGUGUGAUUUAUUUUUUUUCCUUCACCAUGACGUCACCGCUUUCCUUCGACAACAGCAGCGCAGAGAAAGACCGGCUCCUUUCGCCCAGGACCGGCUACGGCUCGCAGGACCAUGUUGGGAACCGAGACGCUCGCCCGGCCGUGCUGGUGGGUUCCUCUGUCCACCAGCACGAGGAAGAGGAGGAGGCCCUGAGGAGGAAGCUCAAGUACUUCUUCAUGAGCCCCUGCGACAAGUACCACGCUAAAGGACGCAAGCCUUUCAAGCUGGGUCUGCAGCUGCUGAAAAUCGUCAUCGUCACAGUGCAGUUGGUGAUGUUCGGCCUCAGCAACCAGAUGGUUGUGACAUUUAAGGACGAAAACACCGCAGCAUUCAAGCACCUUUUCCUCAAGGGUUACCGUGACAACAACCCCCACGCUGUUUACACGCAGCAAGAGCUGUACAGCCUCAUCAACUUCACCAUUUCACAGUACAUGGCCCUCCCUGAGAUCUCGCUGGCCCAGUACGCCUACGUGACCAACGCCGGCGUGAAUGGGAGCUCGCUUUCGCUGUGCCAGCGCUACUACAGGAGGGGCUCCAUCGUCCCCGUCAACGACACCUUCGACAUCGACCCUCACGUGGUCACUGACUGUAUCGGACUGAACCCCCUGACUAAAGCUUCUGCUCUGGACGACGGCGACUUCAAGAACUUCACGCUCAAAUUCUACAAGUUGAUCAAUGUGACCAUGGACUUCCAGCUGAAGGCCAUCAACAUCCAGACCAUCAUCAACAACGAGAUCCCCGACUGCUACACCUUUGCGAUCACGAUCGUCAUGGACAACCAGGCUCACAGUGGCAAGGUGAAGGUGCGUCUGAACAAUCAACCCUCGAUAAAGGAGUGCAAAGACCCCAACGUGUCGGGACACGGUGAGUCGCCGGGGGGCAGGGUUUACGAACUUUCUCACUUUCUCACUCCCACUGUGAAAUGUGCUGCAGCUGAGAACUAUGCGCGCGAGUUCUUCGACGUCCUGGUGGCGCUGGUGUGCCUGCUGUCUCUGCUGCUGUGCGGCCGCUCCGUCGUCCGAGGCAUCCUGCUGCAGCACGAGUUCGCCCAGUUCUUCAGAAGCAGACUUUGUCGAGGCGUCAGCUGGAGCGACCGGAUGGAGUUCAUCAACGGCUGGUACAUUCUGCUCAUCAUCAGCGACGUCUUCACCGUCAUCGGCAGCUUCAUCAAGAUCGGAAUCGAGUCCAAGAACAUUGCGUCGUACGACGUGUGCGGGAUCCUGCUGGGGACCUCCACCCUCCUGGUCUGGGUGGGAGUCAUCCGCUACCUCAGCUUCUUCCAGAAAUAUAACAUCCUGAUUGUGACGCUGAGAGCCGCCUUCCCGAACGUGAUCCGCUUCUGCUGCUGCGCCGCCGCCAUCUACAUGGGCUACUGCUUCUGCGGCUGGAUCGUGCUCGGGCCGUACCACGUUAAGUUCCGCACGCUGUCCCUGGCGUCCGAGUGCCUCUUCUCCCUGAUCAACGGCGACGACAUGUUUGUCACGUUCGCCCAGAUGGAGCACAGCGGCACCAUGGUGUGGAUCUUCAGCCAGGUCUACCUCUACUCCUUCAUCUCGCUCUUCAUCUACAUGGUGCUGUCGCUCUUCAUCGCCCUCAUCACCGGAGCCUACGACACCAUCAUGGCCCAAACCCAGGAGCAGGUCCGCAUCACUGACCUUCACGCUUUCAUCGCAGAGUGCACGGACACACCCAGCUCCGGCAAGUUCCGAGUCCCGGAAGGUUCACCUUGUUCUUUUCUCUGCUGCUGCAAGUGAGGAGGACGGGUUUGUCUUUCCACUCCACCGAGUGGCCAGAACCCACAGACCUCACGGCACAUUUAUUUAAAUUUCCCCUCCCGACUGCAGCGGGAACAUGUGGACACUUUGUCAGCGACCCCAUUACCUGCUGGGGAGUUUGUCCUCCAUGAAUAAUGCAUCGCCUCUGAAGCGGCGGUUGUGAGGUUUCUGACAUGCGGUAAUGAUGAUUGCAGAAGAUUGGACACUUUAGCUGGAAACAAAGUGGUGGUGUGCCGAACCCAGAAACCAGACGGGUCCAUUUCAAGUGCCAGUUUAUGGAGACGUGCGGCCGGUUCUGAGGGUGGAAACACAGAACUAUCAGGUUUGACUGAGCGGAGCUUGGAGCUCAGGAGGAGAAGUCAUUCAACAGAAGGGAACAGAAGCGGCAGCUGGUUUACUGACUGCUUUUUAUUGUUAUGUUAACCACCUUGCACUUUUUAUUUUUGCUAGAACGGGUGUUGUUUUAUUUUGCACUAUUGAGUCAAGAAUUCUGUUUGGAAAUAUUUUUAAAUUAAUAUUAUGAGGUGAAAUCUUGCUGCUCCAGUCAAAGCACUGACCCCUGAAUUCCGCACAUUUGUUUAUAUAUUGUAUGAUAUUUCAACAUUUAUUUUCAAACAUUUUAUGACGUGUUCUCUACUCCAUGGUCAGACUUGCAAUUCUGACUCCGUAGAACCUAAUAAUUCUGUGUUUAAAUCCCAAAAGUGUUGCUCUUGUUUGAUGUUUUUAAAUAUAGCGCUGAUUUUUACGAUGGAUUGUUGCUUUAUUGUAAGGUUUGUUUGCUGCCAAGACGACUGCCGUGCCUCAUGCUCAUGUCAAUGUCCCAACAGCGCACAGGUACGCAGACAGGGAAAGCUCAUAGCGUACGCUCGCAUGCAUUAGCUCGCGCUGCAGCUCCUGCAGUCGCCUCCAGUGCUUUCGUCUCUUUGUUCCCUGGACUGCCGCGGGACGCCUGCAGCCAACACGUCGCUCAUCAAUAUGGAUGAACUCCAUCACCAGUGAAGAGCUUGUUGGCGGCUCGGGAAUGUGUCGUGUAGCCGUAGCACCUCAUGAUUUUAGCUGCAUGUUUUAAACCCGCCGUCUGCUACUGUUAAUAUUUAUUUGAUCUGUUCCAAGCCGAGGCGUUGGGCUUGACCUCUGCGCUGGAUCACCACGUUGUGCACUGAAGACACAUGGACAGCUCCACUUGAUUUCAAAUGUCUCACUAGGGAACACACGCUGGUGAUGCAUUCAUGUUUACAGUCUGAUUUAUAGCCACUCGGGAUCAACAUGUGGUUUGUUUGGGUGAUGCUGUUGUUUUUCUCACCAACAAGGGACACAUUCUUUUUGUUUUUUUAUGACGGUUAAUGUAUAUAUACUGUGACAAUGUUCAAAAU